CCGGGCGGGAACCGAACUAGGUGAACCGCAGUACCGCGUUGUACGACCCGGGGGUUCGGAGUUCGAGUCCCAGGCUUCCGCCUUGUGGUGUCAGACACCUUCGCAAGCCUGUAAGGAGCCGGUAAGGGCUGUUCCUGGCCGGGAAAGAUCUCCAGCGAUCUGAGAAGGAAGAGACGGGAAACACGCGCACGGAAGGCGAUGGCUUGUAACGCUGUGGGAAGAGGAUAUGUGUGGGGCGUUGUAACACUUCUGACGUUAACGUUAAUGCCUGCUGUGAAACUAACACAGAGCCAGGAGCCGUGCAGGUACGUGUACAGAAGCGAUGACGCGCCUGACGGCGUGCUAGCCUCGCCAGGCUUCCCCGCGGACUACCCGGAGCGGCAGUUCUGCACCUACGUCCUGCAGGGAAAGCCUGGGGAGAGGCUACGGCUGAAGUUCAACGCCCUGGAGAUAGAGGGCGCUCCGCACGAGAGUAACAGACCGUGUUUCUUCACCUGUCACCAUGACUACCUGGAGGUGGAGGAGCUGAAUGACGUGGACCAACCAGUGCGCACCCUGGGCCGUUACUGUGGCAACUGCGUCCCACCCACUCUGGUGACGUCACGGCCAAGGGCGCAGCUCACCUUCGUCACGGACGAGACCAAGAACUACGGGGGGUUCCAGGUCGAGUUCAACUUCAUUACCAAUGACUGUGGUGGGACCUACAGGGUAGCUGGAGGGGUGCUGGAGUCGCCUGGCUACCCUGGACCUGUCCCCGCCAGCGUGUUCCAGUGUGAGUGGGUCCUCGAACUGUCCUCUCCCAACAACGACGUGUCCGUGCAGUUCCUGGAUAUGGACAUCGCCUACGAAGAUGCUGAGCUACAGACGUACCAGGUGAAGCAUGACGUCACCGGUGCCCUGGUGAUGGCCGAGCCCGCCAAAAGUUCCGACUCUCCUGACGUCAUGGAAACCAGCCCUGACGCGACGGCGCUCAUCGUCAGUUUUACAUCUAAAACCGGCCGGGGAAGGUUCAGGGCAUCUUGGACCCAGUUCACGCAUGUUCCAGCUAACGGGACGUGUGAGGGUUUCCUGUGCGCGGUGCAUGCCGGUCGCUGCAUCCACUCUGCCCUGGUGUGUAACGGGUUUCCCAACUGCGGCAGCAGAGACAACUCGGACGAACGGGACUGCCAACCUCCGUCAGGAGGAUCAGACAACGUGGUUGUGGGGAUAGUGGUGGCGCUGGUCCUAGCGGUUCUGCUGCUAAUUGCAGCGGCGUGCGUCGGGCACGCCUACAGACAGCGCCAGGUGGACAAGCGGGGCAGGCCGCUGAGGUCAACGGACGCUCGGUCAUCGACCCGGUCCAACAGACGGCUGAAGGAGAACAUGAAAGUGCCGACAGAGGAGGGGGAAGAGGAAGAAGCAAGAGGGUUGACCGACAGGGGCCAGCAUGCGUAG